CAUUGACGUCACUGUGGUAUCACAUGAACGAGCUGGGACCAAUCGGAGACGCGCAGUCAAAGUGCCUGGUUUCUUCACGAAGAUAGAGGAAAGACAGAAAAGGGAACAGUGCCAAUGAUCUACUGAAAAAGAAAAAAGAACACAAAGACAGACGUCGCUCUCGGACUCUUUUUUUUUUUACAAAAAAAAAACCAAAACAAUUAUUUUUAUGUUUUUGAUUCCUGGAUUAUACCAUCGCGGUGAUCGCUGUAAUGGAUAUAGCAAUGGCCCGAUCAUAUUAAAUAGCUAGUGUCGGGGGGGAGCGGAGCGCGGAGAGGAAGAGACAUUUCUGGGGUAAUCGUGCGCAGAGAAAAGAGGACAGAAACCCCACAUCCCCUCUCUCUUUCCCCCGUCAGGGAAUCCUCUCCAGUCGUCAUUUCAUGGCGUUUCGUGUUCUGCUUCCAGUCACAUAUUUUUAUUCAUAAUACAAAUACAUAUUAGAGGUCGUGCCGUGGUUAACUAGAUUGGUUCGCUGUCGUUGUGGUCUUGGUUGCUUUAAAAAAAAAAAAAAAAAAACUAAAUUGCAAUACGAUUGUUUUUGAUAUAGCUUAUAUAUUUUUUUUGUAGCGGUAGCGUUCGUCCCGCUGCUGCAACGAUUAAAUAUGGAUUUUAACAGCAAUGGAGGGGGCAGCGAGCUCCACAACAAUCAGUACCACCAGUCAGAAGAGAGCAAGCCUUUACUGGGGGAGAUGUCCACGCCGACGCCGCCGGAGGGGAACAAUAAUAAUAAGAUGGGCGCCGGGCCGGGUCGUAGAACCCUACUCCACAGUAGCAGCGGGAUGCGAUACAAGCUCCUUCAGGAGGGAGACAUUCAGGUGUGUGUGGUCAAGCACCCUCGUACCUUCCUCAGCAAAAUCCUCACGUCUAAAUUCUUACGGAGAUGGGAGCCCCACCACCUAACCCUGACGGACUGCAGCCUCGCCUCAGCCACGCCCACAGGCUACAUGGAAACAUCUCUCUCCUACAGCAGCAUAGAGGAGCUACAGCCUCUGACCUGGGACAACGCCCCCAAAUACUGCCUCCAGCUCAGUUUCCCUGGAGGGACUGUCCUGCUGCAGGCAGCCAACAGUUAUCUGCGAGACCAGUGGUUCCACUCGCUGCAAUGGAAGAAAAAGAUCUACAAGUAUCGGAAGGUUCUGACCAAGCCCAGCCGCUGGGAGGUGGUGCUGAAGGAGAUCCGGGCCCUGGUGGAUCUGGCCCUGACCUCUCCACUGCAGGACGACUCUAUCCACCAGGCCCCCCUGCACAUUAUCUCCACCCUGCUGGCUGAGAACUCCAACCUGAGUGCUCAGGAGCAUGAAAACAUUAUUGUGGCCAUCGCCCCUCUACUGGAGAAUAACCACCCUCCCCCUGACCUGUGUGAAUUCUUCUGCAAGCACUGUCGGGAGCGUCCGCGGUCGAUGGUCGUGAUUGAAGUGUUCACACCUGUGGUCCAGAGAAUCCUCAAACACAACAUGGAUUUUGGGAAGUGCCCUCGGCUCCGCCUCUUCACUCAGGAGUACAUUCUGGCUCUCAAUGAGCUCAAUGCUGGCAUGGAGGUGGUGAAAAAGUUCAUACACAGCAUGCACGGCCCGACAGGACAGUGCCCCCACCCCCGCGUCCUCCCUAACCUGGUGGCUGUGUGUCUGGCUGCCAUCUACUCCUGCUAUGAGGAGUUCAUCAACAGCCGAGACAACUCCCCCAGCCUGAAGGAGAUCCGAAAUGGCUGCCAGCAGCAGAGUGACAGGAAGCCGCCCAUGCCCCUGCGCCUGCUUCGCCCUGACCCGCCCACGCCCCCUCCCUCGGCGCCGCCCUCGCUGCCCGUCUCCCCGCCCCCACUGCCCCUCUCCCCGCCCCCUACUAUCGUCAACUCCAGCGAGAUCCUGGUGGAGCUGGAGCGCAACAACAACAACACCAGCAAUGUGACCCACAGCAAGCUGAAGGGGCCAGCAGGGGGCGAUAGCGAGCCCAACCUCAUCGACUGCCUGCUGGUCAGCCCCGCCCUCAGCUCACUGUCCAUCCAGCUGCCCGCCCAGGCUGACCGCGUCCUCGGCUGCUUCGCCCUCAUUCUCAAGAUGCUGUCUGACUAUGAUGACUGGAGACCAGCGUUGGCCAGUCUACUGCAGCCUAUCCCCUUCCCCAAAGAGGCCCUUGCUCAUGGCAAAUUCACAAAGGAGCUGAAAUAUGUCAUUCAGAGGUUUGCAGAGGACCCCAGACAAGAGGUACACUCCUGUCUCCUCAGCGUUCGCUCUGGGAAGGACGGCUGGUUCCAGCUCUACAGUCCAGGGGGCGUGGCCUGCGAUGACGAUGGAGAGCUCUUCGCCAGUAUGGUGCAUAUACUAAUGGGGUCGUGCUACAAGACCAAGAAGUUCCUCCUCUCUCUGGCUGAGAACAAGCUGGGACCCUGCAUGCUGCUGGCGCUGCGGGCUAACCAGACCAUGGUGGAGAUCCUGUGCCUGAUGCUGGAGUAUAACAUCAUUGAGAAUAAGGACACUCAGCUGCAGAUCAUCUCCACUCUGGAGAGCACGCAGGUCGGCCUCAGCAUGUAUGAACAGCUGUGUGACCGACAGAGAGAGCUGAGGGAGCUGCAAAGAAAGGGGGGUCCAACUCGGCUCACGCUUCCCUCCAAAUCCACUGACGCUGACCUGGCUCGGCUGCUGAGCUCCGGUUCCUUUGGGAAUCUGGAGAACCUGAGCCUGGCCUUCACCAACGUCACCAGUGCCUGCGCCGAGCAGCUCAUAAAACUGCCAUCACUCAAGCAGCUCAACCUGUGGUCCACCCAGUUUGGUGAUGCAGGGUUACGGUUGCUGUCGGAACACCUGGCGUGUCUGCAGGUGUUGAACCUGUGCGAGACGCCUGUCACUGAUGCUGGUCUGCUGGCUCUCAGCUCUAUGAAAAGCCUGUGCAGCCUGAAUAUGAACAGCACCAAACUCUCUGCUGAUACCUACGAGGACCUCAAGGCAAAGCUGCCCAAUCUGAAAGAAGUGGACGUUCGCUAUACAGAGGCCUGGUGAUUGUACACCUAUUACAUUAUCAUCACGCUAGGACCUUCUGACAUCAUCCAAAAUAAACCAGGACCUCAUGAAAUCAUCCCCAUAGCAGGAUAGACUGACAUCAUACCUGACACUAGGACCUUUUUGAUGUCGUCCUCACAAAAGGACCCCGUGACAUCAUCCCGACCAUGCACAUCUUUAUCAUCCCAGGACCUUAUGAUGUCAUCCCCAAAAGCAGGACCGUAUGACAUCGUUGCCACGCCAGGACCCUGCGAUAUCAUGCCGACCCCAGGACCGUCUUUCUUGUGACAUCAAUGCCAAAAGACGUCUCUGCAGUGAGAUGCGUCAAGUGCAAGUUUGGGUUUUUGUGAGCGGGCUAUCGCUCCUUUGUGCACAAACUCUGACCUUUUGACCUGAGGCCCUCACUGCCCCCAGCGCUCCGCGCCGUCCACAUGGAGCAGAGAGCGACAGGCUGGGGAUUCCACUUCCUCCGCUUUUCCUGUUCAGGAAGCUUUGGUUCGAAAAAAACCCACACCUCACUUUCAUUUGUUCGGAACCUGGCGAGCCUGAAAAAUCCCCAGACGAGUCCUGGUGCUACGGCAGUGUCCUUUUCAAAAGAGACUAUUUCAGUUUGAACCACAGCGAGUUGAGAAUUGUGUCCGGUUGUGAGAAUUUAACGCUCGUGUUUUUUUCCCCCCUGACCUGGAUGCCAGUCUUGUUUGUUCAGGUUGUACAGUGGAUGAAGUUCCACUCUAGGCAUAUGAAACCGCAGUAAAAUGCUGUGUCUGUCUCCCUCCCGCACUUUCCCACUGUCUCCAUCAAUUUCUAUUGACUUGAAUGAACAUAUUUUUCCAGACAUCUCUGCUUUCAUAUACUGUGUGUUUAUAUAUAGAAUAUAUAUUCUUGUUUUGACAUUUUUCAUCUGAAGUUGGGUGUUCUGCCCAGUCACCUAACAUACAUUUGAAAGGAUUUUUUUUCUUUAUAGAAAAUAGUUUUAUUUCCAGUGUACAUAAAUCUCCCCCCGUAUUUAAAAAAAAAGGGUUAUGUAGGAGGUGGUCUGGUACUACCUUUUAUUUCUGCAUUUGUCUCAACUCUUUACUCUCUGUGUCUCCUUUUCUUUCUUUCUGCUCUGGUUACAGUCUGUGGAAACUUUGCUCACAAGUACUGCAUAGUCGUUUCUUCAUUGUGCAUUUCCUGUCUGAUUGGCCAUUUUAGCGUGAGCCUUUUCUCUGAUUGGCUGUCCAGUGACCAACAAGAAAAAUCAAAGGUCUGAGGAACAGAGAAAGAAGUAGACAAACAAGUCAUUUUCUCUGUAAUCAGUCAAGACCAAACUUAUUUUUCAUUUAUUGUAUACGCUUUUUAUAUACAUAUAUCAUGUGUAUAUAAAUGUAUAAAUAUAAAUGUAUAUAUUUUCCCUUUCUCCUUCUACAGGAGACAGCUGUUGCCUUCAUCUUCAGGGUGUGUGUGUGUUUGCAUUGCAUAUGCACGAGUAUGUGCGUGCGUACGUGCGUGUUUUCCACAGCAAGGGCACUGUAAUUCUCUUUCAGCUGUUACGGUGCUUCUGCUGUUCAAUCUUUUAAUCUUAUGUUUUAGCGGUUUGAGUUGAUCAUUUCAGUCAGAUUUAUUGCUUGUGCUUUUGCAUGUACAUCAGCUUCUGUUAUGUUUUAAUUUUAUAAUAUUUCUGUCAAGUGUGGAGUCCGAUGACGCCAGGUGCAGCUUCUUGUUAGGACAGAGACUGUUUUGGGGUGACACUGUACAUUCAUGCAUAUAAGUGUGUGUCUGUGUGUGUCUGUGUGUGUGGGUGGAUGGGUGUGUGUGUGGGUGCGAGUGUGUGUGUGUAAUGAAGUACACGUGUUUGCGUUCAUAUUGCCCUGUGAUGGGAGAAGCUGUUUGUCCAUAACAUUAACAUUGUGCAUCAGUCAGAGAAAUUCAUUACUGUUUUGUGUACACAUACACAUACCAACACCCAGCAGACAUAUACUGUUUCCUAAGCAAGGAGUCUUUUCCGAAAUCCUUCGGUCAUUGUUGAUUUACAGCACACAUAUUUGCAAUGCCGUUUGACCACACUAGCAGACAUGGGGGUGUGUAUGUUGGUGGGCGUUUAGUUCCUCUGAACUGAACACUUCAAAGAAGGUUUCUCAACCGUCACCAUAAGGGAGGAUGUUGAGAGGUUUUUUCAUUUCAUCGUAACGGAAAUUUUUUUUCUUUAGUCUGUUUGCUGUAUCUAACCUGUGGAUCUCCUUCAUUUAGACCCUCUAAGCCCUGGUCAGUCCAAUUCCCCUUUAUCAGAGUGAAUUCGGCAAGGGUUCCUCUCUGACUUCGGCUUUUCUGUGGCCCGAAGUGUCACUGGGUGGACUCGUGUCUUAAUGUUGGGCCUGUGGCCCUGUCCUUCCCCACCAGCCCCACCCCCUCCCUGUCAACCCUGCCCCUCCCAGCAAAGCUGUGUGUGUGUGUGUGUGUGUGUGUGUGGAAAAAAAAGACAAAUUUUGUAAAGAUUGUCAGCAAAAACAUCAGUUGCGUCUCUCCUGGCAGCUGCCGCCGCCUUCGUUCUGUGACUGCCAUCCUCGGGAAAAGACAGAAUAAAGACGAGGCGAUGGAGGGAGGAAGAGAGGAAAAUAAGCAAUGUGAAAAGUAAUUUCAAGCAAAAUAAAUGGUCUGUGAAUAUGUUUCA